AUGUUUUUCAAGAUUGAAUUUGGUGUUGAUGUAACCACCAAAGAAAUUAUUCUUGCUGAUGUUAUUGAUAACGAUUCCUGGAGACUCUGGCCAUCUGGAGAUCGAAGCCAACAGAAGGACAAACAGUCCUAUCGUGACCUCAAAGAAGUAACUCCUGAAGGGCUGAAGAUGGUCAAGAAAAAUUUUGAGUGGGUUGCAGAAAGAGUAGAGGGCCCAGAUGAAACUCUGAGGAUUAAAGCUGAGUAUGAAGUCUUGCAGAUCAACAAGGAUGAUAUAACUGCCCUGCACUGUAAAGUGGUAUGCCUCAUCCAGAAUGGAAGUUUCAAAGAAGCCUUGAAUGUCAUCAACACUCACACCAAAGUGUUGGCCAAUAAUUCUCUUUCCUUUGAGAAGGCAUAUUGCGAGUACAGGCUGAACAGAAUCGAGAAUGCCUUGAAGACAAUAGAAGGUGCUACCCAGCAGACAGACAAACUAAAGGAGCUGUAUGGACAAGUGCUGUACCGGUUGGAACGCUAUGAUGAAUGUUUAGCGGUGUACAGAGAUCUUGUCCGAAACUCCCAAGAUGACUAUGAUGAGGAAAGAAAAACCAACCUUUCUGCAGUUGUUGCAGCUCAAAGUAAUUGGGAAAAAGUGGUUCCAGACAACCUGGGCCUCCAAGAAGGCACAUAUGAAUUGUGCUACAAUGCUGCAUGCGCUCUGAUUGGACAGGGCCAACUGAACCAGGCCAUGAAGAUCCUACAAAAAGCCGAAGAUCUUUGCCGCCGUUCACUGUCAGAAGACUCUGAUGGGACCGAGGAAGACUCACAGGCAGAACUGGCCAUCAUUCAUGGUCAGAUGGCCUAUAUUCUGCAGCUUCAGGGUCGUACAGAGGAGGCACUGCAACUUUACAAUCAGAUAAUAAAACUAAAGCCAACAGAUGUGGGAUUGCUAGCUGUAAUUGCAAAUAACAUCAUUACCAUUAACAAGGACCAAAAUGUCUUUGACUCCAAGAAGAAGGUGAAAUUAACCAAUGCAGAAGGAGUAGAGUUUAAACUUUCCAAGAAACAACUGCAAGCUAUAGAAUUUAACAAAGCUUUACUUGCCAUGUACACAAACCAGGCAGAACAAUGCCGCAAAAUAUCCUCCAGUUUACAGUCCCAAAGUCCUGAGCAUCUCCUGCCUGUCUUAAUCCAAGCUGCCCAGCUGUGCCGUGAAAAGCAACAUGUGAAAGCAAUAGAGCUGCUUCAGGAAUUUUCGGAUCAGCAUCCAGAAAAUGCAGCCAAGAUUAAGCUGACCAUGGCACAACUGAAAAUUUCCCAAGGAAAUAUUUCCAAAGCAUGUCUAAUAUUGAGAAGCAUAGAGGAGUUAAAGCAUAAACCAGGCAUGGUGUCAGCAUUAGUGACCAUGUACAGCCACGAGGAAGAUAUUGACAGUGCCAUUGAGGUCUUCACACAAGCCAUCCAGUGGUAUCAAAAUCAUCAGCCCAAAUCUUCUGCUCAUUUGUCUUUGAUAAGAGAAGCUGCAAACUUCAAACUCAAAUAUGGGCGGAAAAAGGAGGCAAUUAGUGACCUAGAACAGCUAUGGAAACAAAAUCCUAAAGAUAUUCACACUCUGGCACAGCUUAUUUCUGCUUACUCACUUGUAGAUCCUGAGAAGGCGAAAGCUCUUAGUAAACACUUGCCCUCGUCAGACAGUAUGUCUCUCAGAGUCGAUGUUGAGGCUCUUGAAAAUUCUCCUGGUGCUACGUACAUUCGGAAGAAGGGUGGAAAAGUUGCUGGCGAUAAUCAACCAAAGGAGCAAGGCCAAGGUGAUUUGAAAAAGAAGAAGAAGAAAAAGAAGGGAAAACUACCUAAGAACUAUGAUCCAAAAGUUACCCCAGAUCCAGAAAGAUGGUUACCAAUGCGAGAACGUUCUUACUACAGAGGAAGGAAGAAGGGUAAAAAGAAGGAUCAGAUUGGGAAAGGGACCCAGGGAGCAACUGUAGGAUCUUCGUCUGAACUGGAUGCCAGUAAAACUGUGAGCAGCCCUCCCACCUCCCCAAGACCUGGCAGUGGGGCAACAGUAUCUGCCUCUACAAGUAACAUCAUACCCCCGAGACAUCAGAAGCCUGCAGGGGCUCCAGCAACAAAAAAGAAACAGCAACAGAAAAAGAAGAAGGGGGGCAAAGGUGGCUGGUGAUGAGAAGAACGUUCUUGUUGCAGGCUAUUUUUAAACGCGUCUCAUUGGCACUAGGGACAUACAGUGACACAGCAAGAAGCACAGAACUGCGCCCUCCUUCAUCCUACAUUUUCGUUACGUUCUUUUCUUGUGCAUCAAAUAGGAAUAGGAAAACAUCCUCAUCCAAUUUGAUGCCUAGUCACUUGCCCCUCUUGUACCAUCUAGCUUUGCACAGAGAAUGAGGACACAGAAUAAGUGGUGUUUAUCCACCUUGAGAUCUGCUGUUUCCUUUAACUCUGUAUGCUGAUCUGGUCUUUCUUCAGCUCAACAAACAAGGCAUGUUAUAGAAGGUUUUUCCAGGUUUUAGUUUGUCAACUAGAAUCUGAUGAAAAUACUUGUUCCUCUUCAAAUCUCACAUUGUAUCUUGGGAAGCUUAAAAUGGAAUCUUCUGAGCCUUCCAAUUGUCUGCUUAGGAAUACCAUGGUAUAAAAGGGACCUGAUUAAUAUACACUGGUGUUUUCACUUCAUUAAAUGGGUUACCACAGGAAAACCAAAGUCAAGUCUUGAAGAUUUUGUCUUGGGAUACUGAAUUUUGGGUUAUUUUUCAUUGAACUUUUAUGUACAGGGGCGCAGCAAAAAGUUUGUGGGAAAAUGGAAUGAAAAGAUAAUGGAAUUUUCCCACAAAGUAUUUGAAGCCCCUUCGUUUUAAUUGGGGCCCCUUUGCACAUUCACAUUAUCUUCAGAUUUUGGUAACAUGCUGAUUUAGCAUAUUAAAGAACUCAAAGGAUACUAAUGUUACAAGAAGUGGACUCUAAAGGCUCUGAAGUCAAAUUGGUUUGCACUGUCUCAGAAACAUUAAUGACCCUGUCAAGAGCAUGAACACGGACUUCCUAAGCGAGCGGAAAUCAGUGCCAGAGUUUGGUGCCAGGCAAUAUUAAGACCUAACUGACUGUAUGGCCCAAUUAAUAGUAAAUGGCCUAUCUUUCCAGUUCUGGGUAUGACCAUUCAUGAGCCUUCUCAAAGUAAUGAGGUAUUCUUAGUUAUUUUACAGUGUAAAUGUUGUGCUCGUCUUUUUGCUUACAAGCCACUCUCAUUGAACUGCUGUAAGACGGGCAUGUUGGGCUGCCCACCCUUGUGUUCAUUUUGUGCUGCCUAAGGCACUCGUAUCGCCUUGUGAUGUUACUGUCCUUAUUAAUAAAGUGCUGCUGUGCUUGCCUCUGAACAUACCUACCGAAACUUCUUCAGAGAGUUUAUGUUAAGGCUUUCUUUGUCAAACUUUAGGGAAAGAAGAGGGUUAAGAAACGUGGUGCUGCCAUUUUUGUUUUGCAUAAUCACAAUUGGUGGAGGCCUCUAAAGAAAUUCUCUUGAAAUAGGAAUGAUUUAUUAUGGUAUAAUACUUUUUGAACUCUACAGAAGAUCUUUUGCUAAGAAUGUCAGAUAUUCUUUCUGAAAACAUUUCCCAUUAUAGGACUAAAUGUUAAUAAAUUGUUAUGGGAUUCAUUCCA